UCCGCGUGCAGAAGGCGGCAGCUGCGUGUUGGACCGCCGGCAACAGCUGCGCGCGUGCCUUCUCCUCGUCUGGUCCACAGCGCGAUCCAGCCGCGUUCUGGGCACGCCCAUCAGUAGCGGAGGAGGGCCAGUGACUGCAGAUGAUCGAAUGGGCGAGGAUUGGCAGAUAUACAGCAAUGACUUUGCCGCUUCAUAUGUAGGAAUAUGUCAUUGAUGAAGAGCGUGUAGUGCUCUAAGUGGGCGACACUGAAAACAGACAUGAGAAUACUAUCACUAUGGUAGUGUAACUCGGCGAACAUUUUGGAUAUGAUUCUAUCAUUCAUUAGUGCGAAUGUUGAGAAUGUCGUGUAACUUGUGCUGACGUUCCAAGGCGCCUCGCACCGUGGUAGUGACCCCACAGAUUCCCAAAGGCGGACGGUGAGGUGGGAGUUGCAUGUGACCGGGCGGCGCAUGCGCACGAGCCCGCGCGCGAUGGUCUUGAGACAGGCGCUAUUGGCGACGGUGGCGUCUGCGGCGCUGCUGGUCUACAUCUGCACCUACUACGUGUCGGACACGCCCCCGCUGCCGGGACAUCGGCUGCCGCGCGACGUGGUCUUCUGGCAGGACGAUGAGGCGGCGGCGAAGGAGCCGUACGUGUACCGCUUCUCCAGCUACAACGACCACUUCCCGGGCGUCGCGCUGUCCGAGGUGAGCGUGCAGUGUCUGCCUCGAGGCGCCGCCACAGUGCGCUCUGGUGGCCGCCUCGGGAACCUCAUCAUGGAGUUCGCCUCCCUGUGGACGGCUGCGCGCCUCUACAACCUCACCGCCUUCGUCCCGGCGCAGCUGCGCGGUCGCCUCCGCCAGGUGUUCGAGCCGUUCGGAGUUCCAGAGACGUACGACUUCCUGUCGCAGUCCGGAUGCCCCGAGGAUACCAUGGAGGAGGUGGACCAGCGCGUCUUCAAGGUCGACCUGGAGAGGCGGCCGCUGCCAGAAGUCGUCGCGCGGGCUAAGGAGCUGCACUUGCCCAUCGUCUUCGAGAUAUGCAUUAUCCUGCCGGAGACGAUAGUUCCGCUGGCCGCCGAAGUGCGUCGCCGCUUCCGCUACCAGCCGAGGCUGCGCAAGUACGCCGACAACAAGCUGCGGUCGCUCAGGAGGAGCGUCGUCAAGGCCAAUCCCGACGUCAAGGAGGUGGUGUUUGCGGGAGUGCACGUGCGGCGCACCGACUAUGCGGACCAGCUGCGGCUGCUCUACAACACGGACCAGCAGGCGGACGAGCGCUACUACGGCCGUGCCGCCCUGUGGCUGCAGUCCACGGUGGUGCCGCCGGGUGGAGAGCUGGUGCUGGUGGUGGCGUCGGACGACCCCGACUGGGUGCAGGACGUGCUGCUGCCCCACCUGCGAGGGCUGGGCCUGCGCCACAGCUUCCUGGCAGGUGACGGCAUGUUGGAAGAGCCGGAGCGUGACCUGGUGCUACUGUCUGCCUGCAACCAUUCCAUCUUCGCCUAUGGCACUUUCGGUCUCUGGUCGGCGCUGAUGACCGGCGGCCGCGCUGCCGUCUAUCAUCUGAACGAAGGAGACGCCGUGUCGCCCGCCAUGCAGUUUGCACAGCACAUUCCUGGCUGGGUCGCCAUUUCACAGUGAGGAUCCGAAGAUGGCAGCCCUCACGGAUGGUUGGCAUGCCACCGCUAGAUCCACAACUGCACCAUCUCGCCUGUCAUACAGUUCUCCAAGCAUACGCUGGGCUGGGUUGCUGUAUCGUACUGAGAAAACCAAUGCAGCGUCUCUGACAGACAGUGGGUCCAUAGCCCUCUACAACCCGACACAUAGUUUGUGCAGCAUGUCCAUGUCCCUUAUUAGGUCGCCAUCUUCCACUGAGGUUCCCAAGAUGGAGGCCCUCAUGGUCAACCACAGAAACACCUUCAUGUAGUACAUGCAGCACAUUCCUGGUAGGAUUGCCAUUGAGGAACGAAAGAUGGCUGCCAAAUGGGUAGUACACUGUUGCACAGUACUGCAUCGGGUGAGAAGUGACUCUUACGACCGUGAGACUCUGAAGAUGAUGCAGUCUCGUGCUCCAGUUUAUAUGGCAGUGCAGAUAUUACAGCUAAAGUGCAAUGCCGCAUUUACAUCACCAUUCUACGACUCAGCUUUUCUCUCUGUGUUGCAACCACCUGAUGUAUUAUUGUUUCACACUUGCUAAAAUAGUCCAGGCUUUUGUGCUGUGGUCGAACGAAUUUUUUCGAGAAAUUCAUUCAAACAGGGAACCCCGCAAUACUUUACUAUGUGUGACAUUUUAACUGUGAAAUUUUAAAUUUUACGAUGUUUGUUGUUUAUAUAUUGAAAUGUUUCAUAACAACUUUUUUAUUUUCACCAUAAGGAAAACGAUGGUCAUUUUGAAGACUCAUUCUUUUCUCUGACACGUUCAACAGUAAUUUUACUGCUGUGAAGCAAAACGUACACCUUCUAAAAUGUGGAUCACCACAGUAUUUUCUAUUUAUGGUGCUAUUGGUAUACCACUGCUUUUUUCUGAGGUGAGAGCAGAUUUACUGACCUGUUAGCAAUGGGAUGUACAGUUUGAUGCUUGGCCUUUUUACGUACACACAACAUUGUCAGAGGUGAAGGUAGUUCUAAAUUUCAGAUAAAUGGUUGGUUAACUGGAAAUAGGCAAGUUUAAUUAUUAUUUGUAGCUCGCCUGAGCAAAGUGUGCGCAUAGGAUGAGGGCAGCAAUGUACUGUUUUUUGAUCCAAAAGAACUUCUUUUGCAGUGGCGUUCGACUUAGAGGUAGCCUGUUGGAAUCUUAGUAGUGAAGAACUUUUCACUGCCAGUAUUUGGCAAGUAAGGAAAAGCCAGGUGGUCAUGUAAGGUAACCAAACCUCAGACUCUAUUCUAUAGGCAUAAAAUAAAUUCUGUACUAUGUUGUCUCGUGAGAAAUUAACCUCCAUGGUCAACAGGAGCAGGCUGUGUACUGGCACCACAUCUCAAAUUGUCCAUUCUCCCAUCAUCAUACUACAGCAUCACGGCACUACACCAUAUACCCAUUCAUAGCCAGCACUAGGGACAGUUAGAAUUUAGAAGUUUAUGUGCAAGUAGCCCAAAUCGCACGAAUCAGAGAUGGCUUGCACCAGAAUAAGAUCAUCACCACCAUUCUUUCAUCCAUGGCUCUGGGGUCCAAAGUUCGAUUCCCAGCUGGGUCAGAGAAUUUCUCCACUGAAGGACUGAGAGUAGUGAUGUUAUCAUUUCAUUAUCAUCGAAGUGCAAUUCGCCGACGUGGCAUCAAACAGGAAAACUUGCUGUAGCUGGCUGAACUACCCCAAACAAGGGUCUUCUGGCCAAUAAUGCGAUGUGAUAAUUUUUCAUCAUUCUUUCAUGAGAAAUGACUGCAGAAAAUCAGGGAAAGUGAAAAUCGCAACAGAAAGUAUGUUUUGCAAUCUCUGUUAUUCUACUCUCUGAAGAAGGAAUAUUCCAGGCUCAAAUUGGGUUUGCUUUGGGUAUAGAAUCGAAACAACCUCACCUCGCUUCAGACACUAGAAAGAGUUGCUAUCAUAAGCAAGGCAACGCCCUGUCUAUUUGUAGUCUCUUAGACAGUAGUGGCAAAUUUCUUAAACAACUUCCAGAGAGCUUUCGUUCCAGAAACAAUCCCAUAGGGUGUAGCUAAGUGAUUUCUCCAAAAUUAUCAUUUCUUCCAGAAGUCCCACCCUGCAAGACAUUCAGGAGAACUGUGAAGUUUUGAAGGCAGCAGAGGGGUACUGGCGGAAGUAAAGAUGUAAAGGAGGGUCGUGAGUCGUGCUUGCAUAGCUCGGGUGGUAGAACACUUGCCUGAGAAAGGCCCCAUAUCCGAGUUAUGGUCGGGCACACAGUUUUAAUCUACCAGCAAGUUUCUUAGACAGCUUCUUGUAGCGCAGUAGUAGCCAACCACAAGAAAAUACGGCGAAAGAAAUGCAUACCUCUCUCAAAUUUUAUCUCGUGAUCUGACAUACUGGUUCCUGUUCCAGUUGCAAGGUAUGUGGUUGCAGUCAUGAGCUAUUUUCCAUUUAUGUCAUGGGGGCAUACACACCCUUGAGUUACUUCUGUCCAGGAAGGUAUGAAGGAUUUCAAAUGAUAAGCCCAAAUAAUUCCCGUCACCAUCUGUAAAAUGGGUAUGUGGCUUCUAAGAGACACGGCACAAAAAACGUAAGGUUCAGUGUGAUUUCCAAGCCAUUAUCCGUCCAAUUUUUUACUAUCCUCGUUUUUGUGUCUUUCCUCUCUCUUCUGUCUUCGUAGAUUCUCCUGAAAUACCAAAGCCACAGUGUUGCAAUAAAAUUUAAAUAACGACCUUUCCCCUACACUAAAAUACAAUUGACUUAAUACUUGAGAAAUCCUUGCGUUUUGAGCACACUUAGAGACAGGACACCUGCCUCUAUCAGAAUACUCAGAAUUAAGUCCAGUAUGGCGGAGUUAAGAAAGAAGAAACAUAGCAAAGAUAAAAGACCAAGGUGAAACCAAUUUCUACUUACUUUUUCAAAACAUUUUGUGGGACACUGUGUAUCAGCGAGCGAAAUGUGCUAAAUUAUUUCUCUAGUUGUGUUUUUUAUUUCAAUUUUGUUUGGUGCGACGAUUUUUGGAGACUGUGUGUGGAUAAACAUUACCUUCCAAGGUAUUUGAAAGCAAUGUUGGCGCACUUUCUGCCCAGCCAAAAGCUAUUCCGACAAAAUAGUUGUUAAGGAUAUUAUUAGUGUGCAUUCAACAUGCUGUCUUUUAAAGGCACAGGUGAAGUGAUGUGAACUGCGAUGUAAAUGACGUACAACUUUGUUUUUGUUGUUAAUUUUAGUUUUGUAUAGUAGUGCGAGUGUCACUGUCAACGAGACUUACAUCGUAAUUUUAAGCAAGAUGCACUUUCUAUGUUAAUGAUUAGGUUAAGCAAUACAGAAAUAACUGGACAAAGUGUAUCGCAAUGUGAGAGACAACAGAAUGCCGAAUUAAUAAUGAAGUGUCGCAUCAGAUGAAUAUGAUAAGAGAUGGAGACAUCAAAAAUCAAAUACAAAUAACGGAAGGGUGGAAAAGAGGACUAAACAUGCCGAAACGUAGGACGUAAAGAAGGAAGAAUUAUAACAUACUGACAGCUGGCGGAAACGUUUGACAGAUUUACCACACAUAAAUGUUCCUUAAGUAUAGAAGUACCUGUUCUUUCAGAAACGAGAGAGUGUAAUUGCUUUUAGUCACCGUUCCUAUUGUUUGAAAUAAAAGUGCUGUAUGAUGUCUGUG